CAAGCAUUUAAUAUUGUCCACCCCAAAUAUUGUUCUAAUACCUACCAAAAUACGUCACACCGAAAAAAAAAAAAAAAAACCACAAAAACAUUCUCUUUAUAUUCCAAUCAUUCCACCAUUGGCCCUAAAGAGAGAACCAAAAAAAAAAAAAAAACUUAAAAACAUUGUCCACCAUUGUUAGAAAUUAAGAAAAAUACAAAGCAUAUAGUAUAAACCAUGUCUCAAAAAUCCAUUCUUGAAAAUUCCAAUUUAGCCAACAACAUAAAUCCAAAUUGUUAUAAUUUGUUGUCACAAAAUUGGUGGCCACAAGUAGACAAUACUAUUUUUCAUCCAAUUUCUAAUAAUUCUUCUUUGUCUUCAUGUAAUACAACUAGAAGUUCAUCUUGUGAAGAUCAAGAUGUUAUAUCUAUUUCUAAUAAUAAUGGAAAUAGUGCAACAAAUAAUAGUAAUCUUCAUCAAUAUCAAUUUCUACUUGGUGUUCAUGAUGAUGAGAAUAUUAAUAGUUCUUUGAUUAAUGGAGAAACUCCUCAUGCUUCUAAUGAUCACAAUCAUCUUAUUUGGAGCCAACUUCUCUUAAGCAACUCUACUAGUGGAACAAAUGGGAGCAUUAAUACUAAAAAUCUAUUGGAAAACAAUAUGGAGAUGAGCUUAUUAGAAGGGGGAUCAACAACCUUAAUCUCUUCUAAAUCUUGUUAUAAUCACAAUCAACUAGCUAAUAAUGAAGAUGAUGAUGAUGAUUACCCAUUUCAUCCUUAUAGUAAUCUUCUUGGAAGGCCACUUACAAAUAACAAUAAUAAUAAUAAUAAUAAUAAUAAUAAUAAUAAUAAUAAUAAUAAUAAUGCUAUGGACACUUUGUUUCCAAUGAAAAGUGAUCAUCAUAUUGUUCAUCAAGAAGUGAAAUUUCCUAUACAUGAUAAUCACUUUGGAGUAGAAGUGGAUAAUUCAAGAAAUUUUGGUAGUAUAUGUUUUGGUGACUAUUUAAGCAAGCCAUUGGUGGAUGAUACUAAUUUCAAUGACUUCAAACCAAGGUUCAAAACAUUGAAUUUAGGGGAACACAAAAAGAUGCAUGGCCUCCAACCAUCUCUAACCAAGUCUAGGGGUACAAUAUCAACAUGCAACACUUUGAAGAGAAACAAUGGAAGAGCACAAGAAUAUCAAAGUGAUGGAAAAAAAAGGAAAUUAGAAGACAAUUUAGAGACUAACUCAAAAAGGCAAAAGAAUGAAUUUUCCUCUACAACGAUACAAGUUCCAAAAAUGAGACUUGGAGAUAAAAUUACGGCUCUCCAACAAAUUGUAUCCCCAUUUGGAAAGACUGAUACUGCAUCUGUCUUAUGGGAAACAAUCAACUAUGUUAGAUUCUUACAAGGGCAAAUACAGCUACUGAGCCAUGCUUACAUGAAGAGCAAUACAUGCAAGGAAAGGUAUUGGGGAGGAUUUGAGAAAAAUGAAGUUGAUUUAAGGAGCAAAGGACUUUGUUUAUUCCCAAUUUCAUUUACUCCUCAAAUAUAUCAUGAAAAUAAUAAUGGAUCUGAUUAUUUAAUCCCAUCAUAUAGAGGUUGUUUGUAUAGAUAAUCAAGUAUUUAUAUAUAAUUUUUCUAGCUAAUAAAUGUAUUAAUUAGUAUAAGUAAGUUAAUAUAUAUUAUUGUUAACUGUAAGGAACUUUUGUUAUACAUUAUCAGGUCAUUUAAAUGAUAUUUAUAGGUAAGUUUCUUUAAAAUA